AUGGAUGCCACCGUCAAAAGAUACACACAAGCAGAAACCCAGCUGGCGCAGAUUCUGUUGACAGAACUCCUGGCCCACCAGUUUUGCUUCCCAGUACAAUGGAUCGACACGCAAGACGCCAUCCUACGGGACUUCCUGACUGAACGCCUGGUCGAGAUCGGCCCGGCAGAGAUCCUCAUCAACAUGGCCAAGAAGUCUAUAAACGCCGGCGGCUUCGGGGCCACAGACAUUGCAGCGGGCCUGCGCAGGGAGUUGUUGAGCUACGCGAAGAACGCCGACUCGAUUUACUUCCGGCAUCAAGAGGCCGAGGCCGAGACCAAAGACAUCGCAGGCCACGAUGCGAAAACCCAAGUUGCCAAUUCCACACACACAACAGCAGCCGUGACCCCAAACGUUCCCGUCGCGUCAGAAGCAGCGUCGCCAUCCACACCUCCCAAGCCUGUGGAAGCCGUUGCGCAGGAGGUGCAGCAGCAGCCCGUCUCUCUCUUCGACACGCCGACCACUUCUCUCGACAUCCUCACAGCGCUGGUGGCUGUAGCACUGAAGAAACCGUCAUCAGAGAUUGCCACCGACCAGUCCAUCAAGGGUCUCUGUGGAGGACGUUCCACUCUGCAAAAUGAAAUCAUUGGGGACCUGGUAAAGGAGUUCGGCUCUCUGCCAGAUCAGCCGGAGGACAUGCCGAUCAGCAGCUUGUCCGGGAUCCUAACGGACUUGGGCCAGGGCAACAAACUAGGCCCCGGAAUGCUGGGCCUCGUCUCGAAGCUGGCGUCCACCAAGAUGCCGGCCGGCACAAGCACUGCCACGUUUCGGCAGUAUCUCGAGAAUCGGUGGAGGUUCCAGACCGGCCUGCAGGACCGGGUGCUUGUGCGGGCCAUCUUCCACCAGCCCGGCACAAGGUUGGCGAGCGAGAAGGACGUCCACAGCUUUCUCGACGAUAUGGCCAAGGGUGUCCUGCACGACUUGGGCGUUGCUCCGUCUGCCCUGUCUCCUGGCGCCGCCCAGCAAGAGAACCCCGCCGCCGCCGUCGCCGUGUCCUCGGGCGAGCUGGACGCGAUCCGCGGCGAACAGCGCGGCCGGGAUAGAGCAUUCCUCCAGGUGUACGCGAAGCAGCAGAGCGUCGAUCUCGACAGCGGGACCAUCGAGAGACAAAAGGCGAGGGGAAUCAUCGACAGUCUCCAGGGCAAGCUGGACGACUGGUCCGCCGAGCACGGCAGCUUCUACGAGCAGGGCAUCGCACCGGUUUUUGACGCGAAGAAGGCCCGGAGAUACGAUUCGUACUGGAACUGGGCCGUCCAAGACCUGCUGGAACUCUUUUCCCAAGCCAUGUUGUCCCCGUCUCUCACUCCACAACAGCAAGAAGGCCUCGACACCCGAAUCAACGAGGCCCUCGUGCGUCUACCGACGCGGGCAACCCCCCAGCUUCUCGACGUUGUCCACUACCUCAUCAGAACACUGAACAAGGCACCCGACACGCCGCAUAUCGCGCUUGUCAAGCAGUGGCUGCAGGAUCUUCGGGGACGAUGUGCCUCGGCCAGUGGGAAGAAACCCGCGCCGUUCCGGCACACCGUCAUCUCUACAGUCCCGAUCCUCGAGAUGGACGCCGAGGGCAACACCGCCGUGAGUCUGGUCCCGAGGCUGACGCGCUCAGCCGGCACAUCGACCACGGCCGCCACGCCGCCGAACCAAGAACAGGACCCCUCCGGAUGCGAAGCCGGCAGCAGCAACAGCACGCUGUCUGACUCGAGCCGUUCCGAAUCUUCGGCGCCCGAGGAUGUCUUCAGCGGCGCCCCCACCGGCACACAGUCUGCCGUGCGGUCACCCUUCAGUUCCGUCUACCGGGAGCCCUUCGUCGUGCCGGCAGCCGGUGAGCAGCCAUCAGACGGGUCCUACUCGGACACGUCCGGGCUCCGAUGGACGCCGGAGCUCCAGACCAAGGGCCGGAACGGGUGGUACCGGAACGACGACCUGACGAACGGCUACCUGCAGUGGUUCCAGCGGGCUUCGUCCGAAGGCAUCUCGCUCCGGGACAAAUGCAUCCUUCUGACGGGCGCGGGCAAGGGCUCCAUCGGCGCCGAGAUCGUGUCACUUACGCUGGCCGCCGGCGCCAGGCUGCUCGUGACGACGAGCUCGUAUUCGAAAAGCACCGUCGACUUCUACCAGGACUUGUACCGCCGGCACGGCGCCAGCGGGUCGGAGCUGGUGGUCGUCCCCUUCAACGGGGCCAGCCACCAGGACACGCUGCGGCUGGUCGGCUACAUCUACGACGACGAGAGCCGGGGCGGCCUCGGCUGGGACCUGGACCACGUCAUCCCGUUCGCGGCCCUCGGCGAGCCGGGGCGGGCCAUCGACGGCAUCGACGACCGGUCCGAGGUGGCGCACCGCGUCAUGCUGACCAACCUGGUCCGGCUGCUCGGGGCCGUCAAGAGCAGCAAGGCGCGGCGGCGCAUCGAGACGCACCCGACGCACGUGCUGCUGCCCCUGUCGCCCAACCACGGCAUCUUCGGCGCCGACGGGCUGUACGCCGAGUCCAAGAUGGGGCUCGAGGCGCUGGUCAACAAGUGGUGGUCGCAGGGGUGGCGGGACUACCUGACCGUCUGCGGCGUCGUCAUCGGCUGGACGCGCGGGACGGAGCUCAUGGGCACCAACGACGUGCUGGCCACGGGCAUCGAGCGCGAGCUGGGCAUCCGGACCUUCUCGGCGCACGAGAUGGCGUGGCACGUCGUCGGCCUCCUCGACGCCGGCGUCGCCGCCUUCUGCGACCUCGAGCCCCUGAUGGCGGAUCUGAGCGGCGAGCUGUCCAGGUUCACGAACCUCAAGCCGGCCCUGGACCAAAUCCAAGAGGACAUCAACACGGCGAGCGAGAUCAAGAGGCUGGUCUUCAAGGAGCGUGCAUUGGAGAGGGAAGGUGCUGAUGCUGAUGCUGCUGUUGAUGCUGAUGCUGCUACAUCCAAGCCCAAGGUGUCCAGAAAGGCGAGGAUUCAUGUCGAGGCCGUCAACCUGCCCGAGUAUGAGGAUAUUCGAUCUCUCCCGGCAGAGCUGCAGGGCAUGGUUGAUUUGGAACAAGUUGCUGUCAUUGUAGGGUUUGGUGAGACUGGUCCCUACGGAAGCACCCGGACGCGCUGGGAGGCCGAAUGCUCCGGGACCUUCUCCAUCGACGGGUGUCUCGAGCUGGCAUGGAUCAUGGGCCUCGUCAAGUACCACAACGGGCCGCUCCGGGGGAAACACUACUGCGGCUGGAUCGAGACGGAGACCAAAGAGCCCAUAUCGGAUGUCCACGUCAAGGCCAAGUACGAGAGCUACAUCCUGGACCACACGGGCAUCCGCGUAGUGGAACGCCAGGAGCACGACCUCGCCUCGCCCGACCACGAGCAGACGCUCCACGAGGUGGCCGUCAACGAGGCUCUCGAGCCCAUCGAAGUAUCCCCCGAGACGGCAGACGACCUCAAGCGCGAGCAUGGCGACAAGGUGUUCAUCGACGCGUCGGCCGGCGGCGAUGGCGGCCAGGUCUUUGUCACGUUCCGCCCCGGGACAAUCCUGUACAUCCCCAAGGCCGCCCGGUUCCGGCAUGGCGUCGGCGUCCAGAUGCCCACGGGCUGGGACCCGCGCGUGUACGGCAUCCCCGACGACGUCAUCCACCAGGUCGACCCCGUGACCCUGUAUGCCCUCGUGUCCACCGUCGAGGCGUUCCUGUCGGCGGGCAUCACCGACCCGUACGAGCUGUACGAACACAUCCACGUCUCGGAGCUCGGCAACGCCGUGGGCGCCAGCCUGGGCGGCCUCAAGUCGCUCCACGAGAUGUUCAAGCGGCGGUACCUCGACCGGCAGGUGCAGAAGGACAUCCUGGCCGAGACCUUUGUCAACACGACGGCGGCGUGGCUCAACAUGCUGCUCUGCGGCUCGUCCGGCCCCAUCCGCACGCCCGUCGGCGCGUGCGCCACCUCGCUCGAGUCGCUCGACACGGGCUACGACCUGAUCCUCGGCGGCAAGGCCAAGGCCGUGCUGGUCGGGGGAACCGACUCGCUGGAGCGCGACAUCGCGCAGGAGUUCGCCAACAUGCAGGCCACCAUCGACGCCGACAGGGACUCCGCCGCCGGACGCACGCCGGGGGAGGCCUCGCGCCCGACGACCAGCACGCGCAACGGCUUCGUCGAGGGCGAGGGGUGCGGCAUCCAGCUCAUGACCACGGCGCGGCUGGCCGUCGACAUGGGCCUGCCGAUCCGGGCCGUCAUCGCGCUGACGCACACGGCGUCGGACAAGAUCGGCCGGUCCGUGCCGGCGCCCGGCAAGGGGAUCCUGACGAUCGCGGCCGAGGAGCGCGGGAGGUUCCCGUCGCCGCUGCUGGAUCUCAAGUACCGCCGACGCCAACUGGACCGCCGGCUCAACCAGAUCCAGGAGAGGCGGGCCCUUGACCUCGAGUGGCUCGAGACGCGGCUGGCGGCAUCGCCGUCGUCGUCAGGCUCGGGCAACGGGGCCACGAGCGGAGGUGGCCGAGAUCAACUGGGCUCGCCAUCUCUGGGUGGUGAGGAUGAGGAGUCGACGUCCACGCCCACGGAAGCCGAGAUCGCGGAGCACUACCGGAACCAGAUCGAAGAGGACGCACAACGCUCGAUCAAAGAGGCAAAGGGACGGUAUGGGAACAACUUCUGGCGCCGGGAGACGUCGAUAUCGCCGCUCAGGGGAUCCCUCGCCGUAUGGGGGCUGACGAUUGACGACCUGGACGUGGCCAGCCUGCACGGGACGAGCACCAAGAAGAACGACACCAACGAGACGGCCGUGAUACAGAGCCAGCUCGAGUGGCUGGGCCGGACCAAGGGCAACGUCCUCCCCUGCGUGCUGCAGAAGAGUCUGUUGGGCCACGGGAAAGGGGCCGCGGGCGCUUUCGCCCUCAAUGGCUGCAUACAGAUGCUCGCCACGGGAAUCAUACCGGGGAACCGCAACGCGGACAACAUCGACGCCGAGCUGCGGGACCGAGACCUCCUCUUCUUCCCCUCCCGCACCUACAAGAACGCCGCGGACCUAAAGGCCUUCAGCGUGACCUCGUUCGGGUUCGGGCAGAAGGGGGCGCAGGUCGUCGGCGUGAAUCCGAGGUAUCUCUUCGCCACGCUAUCGGAGCAAGAGUACGAGACGUACCGGGCCCGCGUCCGGGGACGGGAGAGGAGUGCUACCAAGGCCCUUCAGGAGGGCAUUUAUGGAGGCUCGUUGGUCAAGGUUAAAGAGGCCAGUGUUUAUGAGGACAAGGACUUGGAGAGGAGCUUGCUGAGCCGCUAG